AAGAGAAGACGAAAGAACCAAACGCGGCACUAAGCUCCCGUCCUCUCCUCCUUCUCUCCCACCAAACUAUCCGACAAAGAGAGAAAAGGAACCCUAAAAUAAUACCUUUCUCAAAUCUCAAAAAAGGUCUGAUCUUUCUCUCUUCUCUCUCGCCCUCUCUUACUUACUUGCAGAGAAGGGGCUUUCUCCCUUUCUAAAAGUCCUCUCUUUCUUCCUCGUCUUCCCCCCCCCCUUUCAUGUCUUCUCAAGUCGCCGACUCUCAUCAAGGGUUGUUGCUGCCUCAAACCCUACUUUCUCAAACUUCUUCUCCCAAUCAGAUUAUUACGUCUAUGUGCCGAAUAUGAGUGACAAGAAGGUCUUUGUGUUUGGAUCCUUUACAGAACAUGAAACAAGGUCAUUACUUGAGCAGCAGAAACCCAUUAAGGCUCCUCAGAAUCAUAAAGAAAAGUCUGUAGGGAGUAUACAAUUCGGCUCCUUUAAUCUCGUUACCGGAAGUUCUCCAGUUAACACUAAUGACGAGCUAAAGAAGGCUCAGGCUGCUGAUGGAGUAGUUAAAUCUCGACCCUUCAGCUCUCAUAAGGAAGAUUCUGCUGUGUCUCAAAAGAGAGUCGAUGCUCCUAGACCUUCCAGCUCUCAUAAGGAAGAUAGGAGUAUUCAAUCUGCUGUCUCUCAAAAGAGACUUGAUGCUCCUAGACCUUCCAGCUCUGGCAAAGUUGCAAAACUCCCUGUGAAACACACUUCAGGAGUUCCGGAGCGUGUGGUUGAAAAUGGAACAAUCAAAGAGGUCUCUGAAAGAAAACCUCACAACAAUGGUGUGGCGGUGAAGGCUGGUUUGGAGAAGCUGUGUGUAUCAGAUGGUGAAAGUGAUGCUUUGUAUAAAGCUACGAGCUCAAAGUUCCAAGCCCUUGACAGCGAUAUUUUGUUAAGUGAUUCUUCACCUGCCAGCAUACCUAGAAAGAAUAACCAGAUGGUGGUUCAUACUGAACAGCCUGCUCCGCCCGUUAAACACUUUACACCAAGAGGAUUAAUAAACGCUGGAAACUUGUGCUUCCUCAAUGCAACAUUACAGUCUUUACUCUCCUGCUCUCCGUUUGUUCAGCUCCUCCAGGGAAUACAACUUCAAGACAUUCCAAAGACUGAGUCUCCAACAUUAGCUGCAUUCUCCGAGUUCAUAUCUGAAUUAGAUGCCCCAAGCAGUUCAACCUUCAGAAACAAUGUUACCGUUGUUGAGUCGGGUAGACCUUUCACACCUGCCAUGUUUGAAACGGUCCUUAGAAACUUUACUCCGGAUGUUCUCAACAACAUGUCUGGCCGCCCAAGGCAGGAAGAUGCUCAGGAGUUUUUGAGCUUUAUAAUGGACCAAAUGCACGAUGAGUUGCUGAAACUCAGGGACGAGUCCCCUAGACUCACUGGUUCCAAGUCAUCUGUUCUUUCUUCUGCCAGCGAUGAUGAUGAAUGGGAAACGGUUGGACCCAAAAACAAAUCUGCUGUGACAAGAACACAAAGCUUUGUUCCUUCUCAGCUCAGUGAUAUCUUCGGUGGGGAGCUCAGAAGCGUAGUGAAGGCACAAGGGAACAAAGACUCUGCUACUGUGCAGCCAUAUCUCUUACUCCACCUGGAUAUUCACCCGGAAGCUGUGUGUACAAUUGAAGAUGCAUUGCAUUUGUUUUCUGCUCCAGAAGAUCUUGAAGGCUAUCGAGCCUCUGUUACUGGCAAGGCUGGUGUAGUGAGUGCUAGAAAGUCGAUAAAGAUACAGAAGCUCUCAAAGAUAAUGAUACUGCACCUUAUGCGUUUUAGCUACGGGAACCAAGGGAGCACUAAGCUCCAUAAACCUGUUCACUUCCCCCUCAAGCUCAACCUAGGCCGCUACCUUCUUGCUUCUCCGUCCAACAGGGGUUUGAAAUAUGAGCUUGUGGCAACGAUUACUCACCACGGAAGGGAUCCCUCGAAAGGCCACUACACCGCGGAUGCUCGAAGAAAAAACAAUCAGUGGCUUAGGUUCGAUGAUGCGUCUGUGACUGCUAUAGGGACAAAGCAGGUUUUGCACGACCAAGCCUAUGUUCUGUUCUACAAACAAGUGUGAGAGAAUCGAAAUCAAUCUAUUUCCAUUGUAGGGGAAAGGAAUUCUCAUAUAAAAACUAUGAAGCAGAGAAUCUCAAUAGGUAAAUAGCUUUUAGAGUACCUGGAUUACAUGACAGUUUUGUUAUGUUUUAAUGUUAUUCAAUACGUUUAUUAUUAUUAUUAUUAUUUCAGACU